AUGGGUAAUAUUGUUUCUUCUAACAGUAACAAUUCAAAUACUGAAUAGCCAAAUAGAAGGAAACCAAGAAUUUUUGGAGAAAAAGAAAACAACGAACCAAGAAGCUUAAUCAAAUUUAAACAAGAAGAUUAAUCUGACGCUGAAUCAGAAAUAGUUCCAAUUCAAAUUCCUGAGAUCUCACGAGAAAUGACUCCACAGAAAUAAGAGGACAUUUACAAAGUGAUAGUCCCAUCUCCCAGAAGCGAUCUAGGAUCAGAGAUUGAAUAAUUAUGGAAUAAAGCAGUUCAAGAGCAAUCAUGUUAAUUGGCAAAAAAAAUUAUAACUACCUAUCUGGAAGACGGAACAAUGUACAAUGGAGAAUGGUUUAAAGGAACUAUGCAUGGCAAUGGAACGUUGAGUAGAGAAGGACUUCUCCUAUAUGAGGGCGAAUGGAAACUUGGAAAAAAGAGUGGAAAUGGAGUUGAAUACUACACGAGGAGAACUUAUGAUAAAAUUAUACCAGCCUGUUAGAUAUCAGAUAAACAAUAUUGGAAGGUUUAUAAUGGCACAUUUGAAGACAAUAAAAUUCAUGGGGAAGGUAUUUUGGAAUUAAUAAAUGGUUCUUGUGUGUUUGGAGAAUUUGCAAAUGGACAGUUGCAUGGAUAGUUGACUUAUGAAUGCAUAAUAAGCAAAUAAAUAGUAAAGGGAGUUUGGAAUUAAGGAUAUCUCUACAGAUUCUCAUCAUAAGCCAAGUGUCUUUAUAAAACAUUGAAUGUUUCAACUGAUGCUACCUAAGAAGAUAUUAAGGCAUCCUUUUUUGAAUUGGCUAAAAAGUAUCAUCCAGAUUCAAAUCCAGAGACCUCAAUAGAUCCAGAGAAAUUCAGAGAAAUCUAAUAGGCUUAUUCAACAUUGUCCAAUCCAGAAAAAAGGAAAUAUUACGAUUAAGAAAAUGGGAUUAUUGGACAAUAGUUCUAAGGGAAUCCAACUUUUGGAGAGUAAGAAGAUGUAUACUAAAGGUGGGCAAAAGUGAAUAGAGAGCAUAUUAAAUAAAAUGAAGCCGAAUAUUCAGAUUACUUUGAGAAAUAGUAUUUCAGAAAUCCUGACUACUUUAAACGCAAGGUAGAUGAAGAUAGUCCUUGGAACAUGUCUUAUAACCUUUACAAAAAGCAUUACGACAUUAAAAAAGAAAAGGCAGAGUAUGUGCUACAUGUUCCCACAGAGACCAUAUCUUAUUGGGAGAAAAAAUCAGAUUUAAAAGAGAGGACUAUUGAGUAGAAAGCUGAAGAUUUAAAAAGUGGCAAAUCAUUGUACAUUGGUUUAUUUGUAACCAUGAUCAUCGGAGGAAUUUAUUAUGUCUACCAAGAUUAGAAUUAAAAUAAAUAGAGAGUCUCUUAAACAGGUAGAGUAAAGGAGGGUUCAGGGUAUAAGGUGAAGGCUCUUCCUUUGAACAUUGUUUGA